AUGGUACUCCCCUGUAUGCUAUUAUUGGCAACUUUAGCUGCCACUGCCUCUGGGACUCUUGUACCAACCGGAAGUUCAGUCACACUAAACGACAUCCACUACUUCAUCUCUCCGUUCUCCCAAGGCCAGGCUUGCGACCCGUUCGAUUUGGGGAAAUACUCGGGACCAAGCGAAUAUAUUCCCGUGACGGUUGUCGCACAGCCGCUCCCCGAGACAAGUUUGGAUAGUCUUUUUGCAAACUGGAUCUCCCGAGAUGAUGUCUGGCAACAAGGCUUUCUUGAAACCAUCUUUCUCUCUGGUCUCAUCAAGCCGAACGGUUCCACAGAACGGAGUUACUUGGGUAACACGCGGUCUACCAUCUUGCCUUUACAAAGUACCGGUGCCCCCUCAGGUCCAUAUUUUCUUCAAACGUCAACUGGAAGCCUGCAUCCGGCAUAUCGACUGUACGAAGACUUCGCAGGUGCAUUUGCGCAGUCUCUUCUACAGCGACCAGAUGAAGGCUUUCAAACCCUUUCAGCUCAGGUCCCAGGUUCUGCGUCGGUGACUAUCGGUGUUCCUUCUCGGCUUCACUAUACACCAAGCAAAAGUAAACCUUUAGCGGGUAUCAGAAUAGGAGUCAAAGAUAUUUUUACUCUCAACGGCGUUAAACGGUCCAAUGGCAACCGCGCUUGGUACGGUCUUUACCCACCAGCUAAUAUAACCAGCACAGCAGUACAGAACCUGAUUGAUGCCGGGGCGAUUGUAGUCGGCUUACAAAAGCUAUCGCAAUUUGCCAAUGGAGAAGCAGCAACGGCUGAUUGGGUAGACUAUCAUGCGCCAUUCAAUCCCCGGGGCGAUGGUUACCAAGAUACAUCUUCAUCGUCCGCUGGCGCAGGAUCAUCGGUUGCCUCUUAUGACUGGCUUGAUCUUGCCCUUGGGAGCGACACAGGAGGUUCUAUUCGCGGUCCUGCUGGAGUUCAGGGCCUGUUCGGCAACCGCCCGACACACGGGCUCGUUAGUCUCGACAAUGUCAUGCCAUUGAGCCCGAAGUUGGAUACUGCCGGCUUCUUAGCUCGCGAUCCGAUGGUCUGGGAUGUCGCUAACGCGGCGUUAUACCUGAGCAACUACACAUCCUUUGCGGAUAGGAGUCCUCGGUACCCUAAGACAUUAUAUGUGAUGGAUUUAUCUUCGAAUAACAACUCUGCUACACAGAUGCGCUGGAAAUUCGUUUCGGAUUUGGCUACAUUUCUGAACACGUCUAUCACAGUCUUAGAUCUAGAAAAGGAAUGGGCCUCAUCCGAUCCCACCCAGGGUAGGGCACAGAGUCUGUCUGAGUUCCUGAAUCUCACGUAUGCUGCCCUCAUCACCAAAGAUCAAACAAAGCUUCUUCGUGAUCCAUUCUACGAAGACUAUGCAGCUGCCCACGAUGGACGCCGUCCGUUCGUUAAUCCAGUCCCCCUAGCUCGCUGGGCUUGGGCCGACACGCAGCCUGAUUCUAUCCUCGAUGAAGCAGUAGCCAAUAAAACUUUAUUUAUGAACUGGUUUAACGAAAACAUCCUACCUGCGGACCCUGAUCCUCUAAGAUGUUCAUCUGGUUUUCUUCUGCAUAUGGAUAGCACCAGCGGCUUCAGCAGCCGCAAUAACUAUUUGGAUCCUCCUGGGUUACCCUUUGGUUUCUCGAACGGCGGCAUCUCAAUCUUCGCGGGGACACCAGACAGCGUCUUCCCACUUGGCCAAGUUCCCUUCUUCAGCUCCGUCACAAACCAUGAAGAGUUUCUGCCAGUGACAGUGGAUGUGAUUGCCGCUAAAGGAUGUGACGGACUCAUCGCCAAAUUGGCCGUGGACUUAGUCGCCAAUGGGAUCUUGAAGGCCCCAAGAACUGGUUCGGGACUUGAUGGUGGAACAAUCCUAUUACGAAGAGGCCAUGGAUAG